AACUCUCACACACACUUACAACACACACUUUUACACAUACACAAACAAACAUAAAGAGCACACACACAAUCAUACACAAAUACAACACACUCACACACAUACAACACACAAAGAGCACAGACACACACGAACUCAACACACACACAGCACUCACAACACACAUUGACACACAGCACAAAACAAUUAAACACACACUCAUACACACAAUCACAACGCGCACACACACACUCACACACAACACACGCUCUCUCACACAACACACACUCUCAUGCAGAGCUCUAUCGCUCUCGCGCGCGGUGAUUAUUGAGCGUGACGCCGCGUGAGCAGCUCGAGGCGCGUUGAUAGCUGUCAGUUCAGCGCGGGACGAACACACGCACACACACACGGGAGCGCGCGCAUAGAGAGAGAGAGCGCGAGAGCAUCUGAGCGGCUGGUCUGUCUGCAGGAAGUAGUUCCUGGUGACACCCUUUGGAUGUCUUGACCAUGACCAUGAUGGGAAGAUUUGUCAGAGGGGCGGAGUCUGCGAUGGCCUGACACAACCCUGCAAUGACCUGACCCUAACCCCGCCCCUGUCCAGAGGCCGGACAUCCAGUUGCAGCUUCAAAAACAUAGAAGGGUAGAUGCCAAAGAUGCCAAACUCCGCUCCCUUACCUCCUGUCCCGCCUCUCGCCAUCCUGAACUGCUCCUCGCCCGCCAACUGUUCCCUCGGCAACCUCUCGGCCAUCGUCCACGCCGACGAAUGCCAUGGCAACCAGCCGCUCUUCGUCAUCAUGGCCAUCGCCUACAGCGCCGUGGCCUUCCUGGGCGUGGUGGGCAACCUGGCCCUCAUCCUGGUCAUCGCCCGGCAACGGGAGCUGCACAACGUCACCAACGUCCUGAUCGCCAACCUGUCCCUGUCCGACCUGCUGAUGGCGGUCAUGUGCCUGCCGUUCACCUUCGUCUACACCUUCAUGGACCACUGGGUGUUCGGCGCAAUCAUGUGCAAGCUCAACAGCCUGGUGCAGUGCUGCUCCGUCUCCGUCUCCAUCUUCUCGCUGGUGCUGAUCGCCGUCGAGCGCCACCAGCUCAUCCUGCACCCCCGCGGGUGGAGGCCCAGUCUGUCCCAGGCGUGGCUGGGCGUCGCCUUCACCUGGACCCUGGCCUUGCUGACGGCCACGCCCUUCCUGCUGUUCUCCGUGGUGACCGACGCGCCCCUGCGCCAGCUGCCCUCCAUCUUCCAGGAGCACUACCGGGGGAAGGUGGUGUGCGUGGAGGAGUGGCCUUCCCGCGAGUUCAAGCUCACCUACACCACCACCAUGUUGCUGCUGCAGUACCUUGUGCCUCUGGGCUUCAUUUUCAUCUGUUACUUUAAGAUCUAUGGCCGCCUGAGGCAGCGGAGGAACCUGAUGGACAGAAUGAGGGAGAACAAGUACCGCAACAACGAGACCAAGCGCAUCAACGUUAUGCUCUUUUCCAUUGUGGUGGCCUUCGCCGUCUGCUGGCUGCCGCUCAACGUCUUCAACGCCGUCAUCGACUGGAACCACGAGGUGGCCAUGAACUGCACCCACAACCCCCUGUUCUCCCUCUGCCACCUGACCGCCAUGUGCUCGGUGUGUGUCAACCCUGUCUUCUACGGCUUCCUCAACCGCAACUUCCAGAGGGACCUGCGAGCCUUCCGCCUCUGCAAGAGCCUGUCAGUGCGGGAGGACGAGUAUGACACCAUCGCAAUGUCCACCGUCCACACCGACCUGUCCAAGACCUCGCUGAAACUCGGCAGCCCGGAUAUCUGAGAGAAAACAGCCUGAACUUCAUGCCCUGAAUAGCCGCUUUGGCCAAUAGGGAGUGUAUACUAAAGAGGUCAUCCACCUGGAUAACGCAAAGCUGUGGAAACUGCUGGCGAUUUGCGUUUGUGUCCCAAAUCGGUCAAGGUUGGGACAAAUCGAGUCACUUCCUCAGCACUAGGGGCCUGAUUUACUGAGGAUUUAUGUGUGUGCCAGUGCUAAGGCUUGUGGAAGUUGUGGUUCUUUCAUGUCAGUGUUUCAUGCUGAUCAUCUGUUGCUGAAUUUACAAACAUUUACAAUUGUGGUUCCAUGCUAAUCAGGACUAGUGAUGCACUUUUAAGUCAUUUAAGUCCUGCUUAAAUGGACUGUGGACUGUGACCUUUCUCACAUAAAGGAUCUCAACCCAGAGGGACGACUGACAGACUGCCAAACAGACUGCCAAACAGAACCAGUGGGCUUGCAUUAGCCGUUAGCCUUUAGCCUUUUUUGGGAAACAGUUGUGUAAUUGUAAGAAGUUACUGCAAUGGUGCUAAAAUGGACACUAGGCAACACUAGACAAAAGAUUCAAUGGCAAGACUUUUGGGCCUUAACAAAACUGUAAUCUGGUGGUAAUGGACUACAGGAAGGUGUUGAUUGGCUCUGGACUCUGGGCUUUUCAGGUCGCUUACAACAGCAUGUCAGCCUGAAUGUCAGUAUAAUGUAUAUAAUCUAGAUGAAGAGAUACUACAGGUACAACAAAAACAACAGAUUUUACCAAUAGAAAGGACUACAUUCCUGCAGUACAAGAAGCUGCGGUUCCAGGACUACAUUUCUAGGACCCUACAUUUUUUGCGACACUGCCACCUAGCUUAAAGUACAAACUGUGCACCUGGAUAAGUUCAAUUUACUUUACUGAAAAUGUUUUGUUAUUUUUGUUAUUAUUAGUGCUGGCACUCAUCUGCCCAUGCGCAGGGUGCGGAUUAUACAAUGAUAAUUGGGGGGGGGGUCAAAUAUGUCUUCGGGGUUGUAAAUGGAAACCAGUACAGCGCAGUCGCGUGCCUCACUAAACUGAAGUCUUACAAUCCUUACAGUGUCUCUUUUCCAUACUGUAAUAACCUUUAUAGUCAUAAAUAAUAUAUUAUACAGCAAAAUCCACAGUUAAUCCUGCGAAAACACACACAAUGCUGUCGGCUGCAGUGUUUUAUCUGCUUUCUCGCCCUUAAAUUUAUUUCAUAUUCUACAGGAUCUCUCCCACAGGAAUCAUUUGUUAUUUAAUUCUAAACAAAUAGAAAAAAAGUGUGGCUAUUGUUCAUUUAUAAAGUAGCCUAAUACAAAGAUAGAAAAUAAGUCUUACCUUAAAAAAUUGUAAUACACCAGUUUACUGUAAAACUACUUAUUUGAGUAACUAAUUCCUCACUAAGUCUACUUACUGCAGUGUAUGAAGCUUUUAGUUUCCUGUUCACAUUUCCAUUCCACCUUAACAGUUUCCCUGCAUUAAAACAAAAUUUCUCUACGUUAAAACACAGUUCCCUUUUUAGACUGUAGUAGAUGAUAAAGAGUUUUAAGAGUUUUACACUUUUCUGCUUAGGGUGUGCAGAAAUCACAAACAGUUCAUAUAAAACAGAACAUGGAUUCCCAUUUGAAUGUUCUGUUCCACCUUAAAAGCGGCAAAAACAGUAUCUACAACCAGAAGCCUGUGUGCCGCGACAGCAGCAUUUAAGGCGUAAUGGUAAAUUAGCAGGAUUUAAAGCGGAAUGUUAAAUUAGCAGGAUUUAAGGCGGAAUGGUAAAUAAGCAACAUUUAAGGUGGGAUAGCAAAUUCAUGUGUGUUAUUUAUGUAAGGAAAAGUGUGUUGAAAGUACAUAUUUAAGAAGCUAAGUAGAUAGCAGCUACUUACACGCGAUGCUGUAGCUUGAGCAGCGUGUGUACCUUAACUUAGACUUAUUAACAUGGAAUGAUUAUUAACUUGAAAUCGUAUCACAAUAUUCUUCCAGGCAGAGAUACUGCACUGUUUAUGUAGUAUUUAACAUUAUAUGUAAGAAGUCAAUUUAAAUGUUUUGACCCCCCAAACUAUUAUUUUUACCCCUUUAGAGGUGGUUGAAUUCUUAAUUGGGGUGGGGGGUUCUGACCCCCCAUGGUAAUAGCUUAACAAGCAUGACCUAAUUAGGUAUAAUCAACAAAUGUACACCAGAAACAGAACAGUUCAGAAAAUCUUUCUCUUACAAAAAUAAAAUACAUCUGUUUUUUUUAGAUAAAAUCCACUAUAUUUUAAACAUACAACACAAUUUUUAUUAAGAAAAAACAAGGUUGCAUCAAAUAAAACCACUGAAGUUUUAAAGAAAAUGUAAUAAUUGUAGUAAUAUUAUUAAUUAUGUAUGUUUUAAGUAGUAAUAUUGUAAGACAUUGAAUUCAUUUAAGGGUAAACGUAGGAAAAUUUGGUUGUAUAUAGAGUUUUGAGUUUAUCAUUUUAUCAUAUCAAAUCACUAAAUUCAUAAAUAUCUUAUUCUCUUGUAUCAAAGUUAUACGUUUCAAGUGAUAUUACUAUAGAGAUCUAGAGUAAUGGGAAGUCAAACCUAUGAAAUAUGUCUAUUUAUUUUUGCAUAAACCAGAUUUUGUAGUCCUAUAAAACCAUGCAUAAAUCACAUUUUAGGGUCAUAUAAAACCAGAAAAUCAAACUGUUAUCAAAAGACACCAUUAAAUUCUUAAAAAACACAUUCCAUACUAUUAAAUAUAUAUGUAUCAAGUGAUUUUACUGUAGCAAUUUGGAGUAUUGGGUGGUCAAACCUAGGAAAAUGUCUAUUUGGGUUUGCAUAAAUCACAUUUUAGGGUCCUAUAAAACCAGGAAAUGAAACUCUUAUCAAAUGAAACCAUUACAUUCUUAAAAAACACAUUCCAUAGUAUUAAAUAUAUAAGUAUCAAGUGAUCCUACUGUAGCAAUUUGGAGUAUUGGGUGGUCAAACUUAGGAAAAAUGUCUAUUUGGGUUUGCAUAAACUGUUUUAGGUCAUAUUUCUGCAGAAAUAUUCUUAAUUCUUAAUUCUUAAUGGUUCACAAACUUUUAUGUAGCAAACACGUAUUUGGAGCUAAUAUCCCACCAAUUAGCAUUAGCAUUGCCGCUAUCUGGCGCUACUUUAGCCUUCUUUAUAUAAUAUAUAUUCUUUAUAUAAUAUAUAAUAUACUAUACAGCAGUUUGGUGAAAACGUGUGGUCCCAGAACUGCAGUCUUGAACUUCGAAAACUUUCGUACGCUUUUCGUAACUUGGGGAGCGCUAAACCACUACCAAGUGGCGGCUAGAUGUUUUUUUCGCAGCUGAUUGGUGGAAUUUUUUUUUUUAGAGAACAGUUUUGAAGGACAGAACACUCUACUCAACUGUUCACCUGAAUGAACAUAAAAAGUGAGGUCUAUUUUUUGUUUAUUUCUCAUUUUUGUGUUCUUUUUCUAAACCAUUCUUGUGUAUUUUCUUUAAAACCAGACCUAGCAGAGCCGUUUCUGCCUUGCCAUAAGCUUAUGAAUACGUUACUGUUGAGAGUUUUCUGUGAGUUGGUUCUUAUCAUCGAUAUAAAAUUGAUUGAAAAAAAAAGAACAUUUAUAGAUUUAUAGACACAGAAGAAUGUGCAAAAAUACUGUUGAAAUUGGUAUUUGUCUGUUUGUGAACAUCUAUGAAUGUAAAUGAAUUGAGUGUUGUGGUUAAAAAAAACUGUUAACCUAGAAGUCUGAUUAUGUAAAACUACUUGAAUACUAUGAAUUAUAAUAAUAUCAUCAGAAUAUUUUGUAUCAGACAGUCAUUCUUUGGUGAUUUAUGAGCUUAGUUAUUGUAAAGUAAAGUUUUGAAUUAGGAUCUAGAUUAUUCUACAUCUCUGGAAAAAAUUAAAAGAGCUCUUUUAGUUUUUUUGAUUUUGCUAUUUAUAGGUUUAUGUUUGAGUAAAAUGAACACUGUUGUUUUAUUCUAUAAACUACAGACAACAUUUCUCUCGAAUUCCAAAUAAAAAUAUUGUGAUUAAGAGCUUUUAUUUGCAGAAAAUGAGAAAUGUUUUUUAAGAGUUUAGAAAUCAAUAUUUGGUGGAAUAACCCUGGUUUUUAAUCACAGUUUUUGUGCAUCUUGGCAUCAUGUUCUCCUCCACCAGUCUUACACACUGCUUUUGGAUAACGUUAUGCUUUACACUCCAGGUGCAACAAUUCAAGCAGUUCAUCUUGGUUUGAUGGCUUGUGAUCAUCCAUCUUCCUCUUGAUUAUAUUCCAGAGGUUUUCAAUUUGGUAAAAUCAAAGAAACUCAUCAUUUUUAAGUGCUCUCUUAUUUUCUUGUUUUUUUCCAGAGCUGUAAAUAUGAGUUUGCUUUGGGUACUCACUCACGUCACUUUAUAUUGAAAUGUGUUUUUAACAUGUUUUUACGGUACCAGUAAAACGUUUUAGACACGCCUCCUCACA